GCAGAAAAAGAUCGUUGCUUCCUCACAGAGUGACACAAGAAGCAUGGCUGGAAGUAACACUGCUCCGUCACUCACCAGUUCUCUAUCCAAACUUCAGUCUCUGAAUGGACUAUUUGCAAUUUAUAAAAAGCAUGGACCGACCUCUGCAGAUGUCUUAAAUAAACUCAAAGAAGUUUUGCUGAAGGAAGCCGGUGUGCAGAACACGAACCCCAGGAAGAGGAAAAAACAGAAUCUGAAGAUGGGCCACGGAGGAACACUCGACAGUGCUGCUACAGGAGUAUUGGUUGUUGGUGUUGGAAACGGCACAAAAAUGUUAAGCACAAUGUUGUCCGGUUCAAAGAAAUACACUGCUGUCGGGGAGCUGGGAAAAGCAACAGACACUCUUGAUGCUACCGGCAGUGUUACUUUCGAGAAGGACUUUAAGCACAUUACCAGGUUGGACAUGGAGGAGAAGCUGCACAGUUUUGUUGGUGAUAUCAUGCAAGUCCCGCCACUAUACUCUGCUUUGAAAAAAGAUGGCCAACGGCUGUCUGUGCUCCUGAAGAAAGGUCACAAGGUUGAGGCGAAACCAGCAAGACCUGUCACGGUGUACAACUUGACGCUGCAUGAGUUCAAGCCCCCUCUCUUCACUCUCGAUAUUGAAUGCGGAGGUGGAUUUUACGUCAGAAGCCUGGUGGACGACUUGGGAAAAGCGCUGUCAUCAUGUGCUCACGUCAAGGAGCUGAUCCGUACCAAGCAUGGCCAGUUCACCUUGGAGCAUCAUGCCUUACACGAAGAGCACUGGACACUGGAACAUAUUGCCAAAUCGCUGCAGUGUCCAGACGAUGUGGCAGCACCUGAGACACCAUGUAAAGAUAUAAAUUCCACUGUGGGGUAACAUUCAGGUUCUUCAUAGUCACUGUCAUUGGCCUUCAUGGAAGAUAAUAGCAGGAUAGUAUUUAAUUUUGUAUAAUGCGAAUAGUGUGAAUUAUGGUUAUUUUCGCAUUUAGUGGAUUCAUUAUUUGUAGAAAUAUUAGCUUUCAUCAGUGACUUGCCCACUGGUAGUACUAGAAAUUUUUAUUUCAAUAUUUUUCAUUGUAAUGGAAGUGCCAAUACUCCUUUCAUCAGGCAGUCCCUCAUGGUUUGCUUGAAUGAAUGUGAAGCUUUAUUUACUUUAGUUAUUUUUACUGCAAAAUUGCACGUGGAUUAAAAAAAAAAAGUCAGAAAAUCUGGGGAUACACGUCGGUUGCUCUUUCUCUUCAAACUACUUUUUUUGUAAUUCAAAUAUCUCAGAAUUUUUAAGUUGAGGAUGUCCAAAAUACGACCCGAGGAGGCUUUUUUCAAAAUGAUUGGCCCUUGGCGUAUUCUCAAAAUAAUAGUUCAAACCAUGACAUUAAAUUUACAUGCAGCAAUAACAUUUGC